AUGUACCCGAUGCUCGUGCUGCUGGGCCUUGCUGCCCUCCUGGGUGCCUCCCAGGGACGCACGGAUUGCUACGGCAGUGUAAACAGAAUUAAAACCCCUGGGGCUUCGUGCAAAACUGCAAAGCCAGAGGGUUUAUCCUACUGCGGAGUUAGAGCUUCAGAAAAGAUCGCUGAACGGGACCUAAGAGCUAUGGAUCAAUAUAAAACACUCAUUAAGAAAGUUGGUGAAAAACUGUGCAUCGAACCAGCCCUGAUCGCUGGCAUCAUCUCCCGGGAAUCUCAUGCUGGCAAAAUACUGAGGAAUGGCUGGGGCGACAAUGGAAAUGGAUUUGGUUUAAUGCAGGUUGACAAAAAAUCAGGACACACACCUGUGGGACGAUGGAACAGCGAAGCCCAUCUUACCCAGGGCACUAACAUACUGAUCGCGAUGAUAAAGACAAUACAGAGGAACUUCCCACGCUGGACAAAGGAUCAACAGCUGAAAGGUGGGAUUUCUGCCUACAACGCUGGUUCUAAGAACGUCCGAAGCUAUGACAGAAUGGACAUUGGCACCACGCACAAUGACUACUCCAACGAUGUGGUUGCACGAGCCCAGUAUUACAAGAAACACGGAUACUAG